AUGCAUCUGAUCUGGGAAAACACCAUUAAAAACCUUAUUCUGCUCUGGACGGGGGAGUUCAAAGGCAUUGACACUGGUUGCGAGUCAUACGAGCUUGGUUUAGAAGUCUGGGAAGCGAUUGGGAAGGCAACAGCUGCUUCAGGAGGGACUCUUCCUUCUGUGUACUGUGCUUGCCCACCAAAUCCAGUAACAGAACGGUCAGCAUGCACAGCUGACUCCUGGUCCUUUUGGACACAAUAUUUAGGUUCUGUCCUCCUCUGUCAAAAGUUCUCAAAAGCAAAGUACUACAAACACUUUGUGAAGCUUGUGAAGAUACUUCAUGUCUGUCUCCAAUUCAAGCAUUCAGCACAAGACGUCGAAGAUUUGCGAGUUGGAUUUGAAUCUUGGGUCAAAGAGUUUGAAGAAAUAUAUUACCAGAAUGAUCCUCAACACGCAGGAGUAUGUCCGAUAAUCAUCCAUGCCCUCCUCCAUAUUGCCGAUAGCAUUGAGGAGACAGGCCCCAUUUGGACAUCAUGGGCAUUUCCAAUGGAACGAUUUUGUGGUCAUCUUCAGCCCAUAAUCAAGAGCAAGCACCAUCCAGAUGCAUGCAUUGCACGAUACAUUGUUGAAGAGGCCCAGCUCACACAGGCAUCACUAAUUCAUAACAUGGCAGAAGAACUCUCAUUGCACAAGCCACUGAAUGGAAUGGUGGCAGGGCAGUUCACACACGAGUCCUAUCCUACCUGUGUGCUUCUCCUGCCACAACAAAAGGGGCCCGAUGCCAUAGAUGAUUCACUUUACAGCAAGAUCAUCAAGGCACUUGCAACACGGUUGGAUACUACUCCCACUGUCCUCAAACAGGUCGUUUUUCGCAAACAUAUGGACCAAUGGGGAAAAGUUCGUCGGCUAGAGGGAGGAGACACUAUGAUAUGUGCAAGGCUUGUUAACAAGCAGGUGGAUUCGCGUGAUGCGACUUUUGUUUGGUAUGAAUCUCUCAAACAAACAUUUUACGGUCAGCUCCAGUACUUGUUUGUCAUCAAUGUGCCUGCCAAUCCAACUAUUCACCUCGACGCACCCUUAAUAAUAUUCUUUGCUGCAUUACUUCCCUGUCUUCUGACUGCCUCAUCAGCUCACCUGGAUGUGCUCGACAUUCACUUCUACUCAGCAAUGGGAACAUCUUUGGAUAUCGUAGACAUUGUCUGCAUUCAAUGUUUGGUGGGACGGGUGCCACUCAAUGACAAUGGUCGAAGCUGGGCUAUAAUUGACCGCAGUGGUGAUCUUGCUCGUGCAGUAUUUGAAGACUAA